AUGGAUUUCGUCAAAUCGCUUCUCCCCGAGGGCAAGGGUAUUCUACCCUACUACAUGCUCGUGCUCUCCGUCAUCUCCAUUGGCAAUUGCCUACAGACAUACUCGACCCUUCACUUCACACGACGCGUCUACAAUGGCCGCUUCAUCCGAAACACAAAACUGCCACCCGCGACUGCGACGUUCAACCCCGAAGACUCCAUUGACAAACUCGUGCCCGCCCAAGACGACCCCAAGGCGACAGACCAGAUGACUCCCCUGGCCGGUCGGCUGUUUGGUACUUGGACUCUUAUUACGUCCAUUGUACGUUGCUAUGCGGCGUAUAACCUACACAUUGGGCCCGUAUACAACAUUGCAUACUGGACCUAUAUCGUGGCAUUUAGCCAUUUCGCCAGCGAAAAGUUCAUUUUCAAGAGCAUGACGUUUGGACUCCCGCAAGUCUUUCCCUUUACGCUGGCGACCUGUGCUUUGAUUUGGAUGCCCCUUGUUCGCGAUCACUAUGUUGAGAUCAACUAG